AUGUCUCCCAGUAGAAAUUUCAUUCCCUUCGUCAUUGCCUUUCUGCUGGUACUCUCCGGCACGGCCCUCCAUGUCCUAGGGAGGAGGCUACUUCAUGGAGGUCAAAGCACAGAAGGGUCGAGCCUGAGCCCUGCCGGAGAAGACAGAAAGGCCCCACUCUCCUUGGAAGAGGCCACCGAAGGUCUCCGGCCUACGGCCCCUGGCCACAGCCCCGGCAUAGGCCAUACGUGGGAGACGAGGGGAGACGACAAAACCAGCAAAUCUUUGGAGGAUACCCAGCUUGGUGCGCGUCAGACGGAGCCAGGGCACAGCCCGGGUAUCGGCCACUCGGCCGGCAACAGAGUCUAG